AUGAGGAAUAGGUAUAGAAACACGGAUUCUUCCAUCAAAGCCGGGGAUUUGAUCUUGACAGAGCAACCCUUUGCUUUUGUUUUAUCGUCCAAAGAGCAAGGGAGCCGGUGCGAUAAUUGCCUGGAAAAGGGCAAAGUACUGAAAUGUUCAGGAUGCCAGUUUGUCUACUACUGCGGGCGAGCGUGCCAGAGAGAUGCGUGGGGUGAUCACAAGUGGGAAUGCGCAAACUUCAAGCGUGUGGCUCCUAAAGUCCUGCCGGACGGAGCUCGCAUGCUGGCUAAGAUCAUCAACCGGCUGUACCGAGGUGACGGCCAUUCAUUCCGCUCCUUCUACUCCGGCACUUCCUUCAGAAUGUGGAAGGAUUUGAUGUCACAUUAUUCAGACUUGAAAGCGGAUACGAAGAGGAUGGAUCACUUCACGUCGCUCUGCGUGGUGCUGUACGAGUUCCUAAAAGACAUAUCACUGCCGAACACUGUGGAACUCAUGGGACUGUAUGGGAGGAUGGUAAUAAACAGCUUUAUGAUUCUGGACAUCGAUAUGAACUCCAUUGGUACGGGUAUUUACUUGGCUUCUUCUAUCCUGGAUCACAGCUGCGAUCCGAAUGCGGUGGCCAUCUUUGACGGCAAGACUAUCAAUAUCAGAGCCAUUAAGGACAUGCCUUGCUUGGAUUGGAAUCAGAUGCGAAUAUCCUACAUAGACCUAAUGAAGACUCCCUACGACAGACAGACGGAGCUGCUGCAGAACUACUACUUCUUAUGCCAGUGUGACAGGUGCAUUGAUGAAAAUCAAAUAAAACACGUGCAUGGCGCCAUUUGUUUAAACAAGCAAUGCAAUGAACCGGUCUCAAUACCUUGGAAAGAAGACUGUCUACUCGUCAGAAGACCGGAAAAGACCGAGGUCAGUGAACCGUCAAAUAGUAGACCGGAGAAGCUAGAAGAAAAUUCCACAGAUUUAGUUGAAAUAGAAGAAAAUGGUGUGGAUGAAAAAGAUGCUUUGCAUUGUAAGGAAUGCGGGACGAAGUAUACGGAGAAACAUGUCGAUGUCUUCGUGAAGACCAUGGAGUUCACACAUGUGCAUUUACAGAAUAUGGAGAGAGCGUCCGUGGCUUAUGUCGAUGUAUGUCAGUACUGCCUAGAUAGACAGGAGGGUGUGCUGCACCCACUCAACGUGAUGCACGCUCAGACCCUGGACCAUGCCUUCGACGCGCUCAUACAAGUGCAGCUGUGGGAGAAAGCUUGCGUGUACGCUGAGAAACUCAUUCCCUGCUUUAGAUUCUACUACGGCGACAGAAACCCUCUGCUUGGUCUGUUACACCUGAAGUACGGAAAGAUACUCCUGUUCAAAAUGGACAUUGAGAAAGCGUUAGCCCAGUUGAAAUGUGCUGAAAAAAUAAUAAAAAUGACACAUGGCGAUAGACAUCCUCUUUACAAAGAACAAUUACUGCCUUUACUACAACAAGCAAUAAUGGAGUCUUGA